AUGGCGUUCUUUAGAAGCGUUUCGAAACUUCGAUCUCUCGCGGGUCAACAACCUAGUCUCGCCAAUUCAGUUAGAUGGCUCCAAAUGCAGAGCUCCACUAACACGGAUCUUUAUUCUGAAAUGAAGGAGCUAGUUCCAGAGUAUCAGGAACGUGUAAAGAAGCUGAAGAAAGAUCAUGCAACUGUUGAAUUGGGAAAAACCACCCUUGAUAUGGUACUUGGUGGAAUGAGAGGAAUGACAGCUUUAGUGUGGUUAGGCUCAGCUGUUGACCCAGACGAGGGAAUUCGCUUUAGGGGCAUGACAAUUCCUGACUGCCAGAAAACACUUCCAGGUGCUUUUCCUGGUGGGGAGCCAUUGCCUGAGGCCAUACUGUGGCUUCUAUUGACAGGAAAGAUACCAAACAAAGAGCAAGUAGAUUCGUUAGCUCAAGAAUUGCGAAGACGUGCAAAAAUACCAGAAUAUGCUUACAAGGCAAUUGAUGCACUGCCUGUUUCUGCUCAUCCAAUGACACAGUUUAGUACUGGUGUAAUGGCCCUCCAGGUGGAAAGUGAAUUUCAGAAGGCAUACGAGGGUGGGAUACAUAAGUCAAGGUACUGGGAACCAACCUACGAGGAUAGCUUGAAUUUAAUUGCUCGUUUGCCUGGAAUUGCUGCUUAUAUUUAUCGACGGAUAUACAAGGAUGGAAAAAUCAUACCAUUGGAUGAUUCUUUAGAUUAUGGUGCAAACUAUGCUCACAUGUUAGGAUUCGAUGAUCCGGAAACGCUGGAGUUUAUGAGGCUGUAUAUUUCUAUCCAUAGUGAUCAUGAAGGUGGCAAUGUUAGUUCUCACACAGCUCACUUAGUUGGUAGUUCACUAUCAGAUCCUUAUCUAGCAUUUGCAGCUGCUUUGAAUGGUUUAGCUGGGCCACUCCACGGUUUAGCUAAUCAGGAAGUUCUACGAUGGAUCAGAAAUGUAGUUAAAGAGUUUGGAACUCCAAACAUAAGUACAGAACAAUUGAGCGACUAUAUUCAUAAAACAUUGAACAGUGGCCAGGUUGUGCCUGGAUAUGGACACGGAGUUUUGCGUAAAACAGACCCAAGAUACACUUGCCAGAGGGAGUUUGCAUUGAAGCAUUUGCCUAAUGAUCCACUUUUCCAGCUGGUGUCAAAAAUAAAAGAGGUUGUGCCUCCUAUUCUGACCAAGCUAGGAAAGGUUAAAAAUCCAUGGCCUAAUGUUGAUGCUCACAGUGGAGUGCUGCUGAACUACUAUGGUCUAACUGAGGAAAACUAUUAUACCGUUCUCUUUGGUGUAGCAAGGAGUAUUGGAGUUGGCCCUCAGUUGAUAUGGGACAGGGCUCUUGGAAUGCCACUUGAAAGGCCAAAAAGUGUCACACUGGAAAAACUCGAGAAGUUGGCUGGUGCAUCAUCAUGA